CAGGGUCCUUGGGUGCAGAACACGACAAUGCGGAAGUAGGGCUGUGUUUCUGGGUUAAAUUGUCAUGUGGUCCUGACUGUCCUCCUGCAGGCUCGGAGCUGUGAUCAUGAACAGACGUCUGCUGCUGGUGUCCAACUCCACUCUGUAUGGAGGAGGAUAUCUCCAGCACUGUCAGAACAACAUCUCUCACUUCUUCGGAAAACAGGUGAAGAGAGUCCUGUUCGUCCCGUACGCUCUACACGACCAAGAUGCGUACACCAAGACGGCCAGGGACAAGCUGAAGAGUCUGGGUUAUGAAGUGGACAGUGUUCACGAGGCUGCAGACCCUGUCGAGGCCGUGCGUAAAGCCGAGGCCAUAUUCAUCGGUGGAGGAAACACGUUCCGUCUGCUCAAAGCCCUCUACGAUAACAACCUGGUGACUGAAAUUAAAAAAAGAGUGCUUCAGGAUGGAGUUCCGUACAUGGGUUCGAGCGCCGGCACGAACGUGGCCACAGUGAGCAUUAACACAACUAACGACAUGCCCAUCGUUUACCCCCCCAGCUUCUCCGCCAUCGGCCUCGUCCCAUUCAACAUCAACCCACACUACCUGGACACCGACCCUAACAGCAGGCACAUGGGGGAAACACGUGAGCAGAGAAUUACUCAGUAUCAUGAGGAGCUGAACACACCAUGUGUGCUGGGUCUGAGAGAAGGAUCCAUGCUGCUGGUGGAAGGAAACACAGUCACGUUACUUGGCACCACCAACGCUCGACUCUUCCAGAGGGGGAAGGAGCCGAGUGAACACGUACCUGGAAGUGAUUUGAGCUUUUUACUGACCGAUGCACAGUAAUGGAUUAAUGAGCAAAUCAGGACAGGACAAAGAACACCAUGGCACAGAUUUAUGAGAAAUGCUGCCCACAUAUGUAAUAAACUUUGUUCUAUAAAGCUACUGUGUGAGUCUAAAUACAAAUUAGAACUGAAGAUUGAAUUUAAAGAUUUGAUGAAACAUCUGAUAUUUUUGCAGCGGGUGAGGAUUUCCUCGUCUGUAUUGUGGCUUUAACACUAACACGUACAGGUUCUGAUUCAGAAGUAAAGGAUUGUCUGAGCAGUGUGGGAACCGCUCCGUUUUUCAGGAGUAGCCUUCGUGUGUAGCCUGCGUCAUACUUCCUCCGUUUUCAGAAGACUAAACAAAGGGGUUUCGCUUUCGUACUGAAACACGCAGCAUCUCUGCAACAGGCACCUGAGUUCACUGAAGCCACGCCUUCUUUCUCCAGGAUCGAGGCGUUGUCUGUUAGAAUAAAUCCCUUUGGAGGAGACAGAGUUUUGGGACCCCUUUAAUCUAACAUGUUAAUAAACUGAUGAAUUAAAACCUCUUCAUUGUCAGUUUAAACCACCUGAGAGAUUCAGACUGAUGAGAAAACACAGCUGAAGUUUAAUCCAUUAUUUAUUUAUUUAAUUUUAGAAUCAUGGAAGCGUUACAGAAAUCACCUAAACCUCACUCUGAAAUAAAAUUUAAAAAAAAAAAAGGAAAGAUGAAAUACUCGGUGAAAAACGUUAAGGAGUCGAGUUUUAAUUACUGACAUGACUUUUUAUGCACCGACAAAAACCUGACGAAAAUCCUGACAAGUUUAGAUGAUUCAGUUGUUUGGAGUGUAAAUGUGACCCAAUAUGGGUAAAUUCAUCCGCCCGAGUGAUCAAACAACAGUAACCAUGGAUACGAUGUAGAACAGGGGACUGUCUUGUAGGGAGUGUAAAAUAACUACAGUGUAAGCACUCGUUAAGGGCUCGUUAACAAAAUGAACAUAAACCUGCAUUUUAGGAGCUUGAAUAGCCGACGUGAGCUCGAGUCUUUCCUCAGAGAAUCAUUCGCUAGUCAGCGUUCUCGCAAGAGAUCCACAGUUUGUUAUUUUAACGACAUCAGAAUUCAUUACAAUAAGUAAGAUCUGUUUUCUGUAGUAAAAUAUAUUUAAUUCUGUGAUGUAUUUUUUACUUAAAGAAGAUUUGUGUUAGCGAUGUAGAGGUCGUAAACAGAAAACGAUAAACACGUUAGGGUCCAGGAUACCCACAAUGCACUGCAACUAUACUUCUGUGGGGAAUAGUGAGUGUUUAAAUCUUCAUUUAUUUUGAAACAAAGUGUUUUAAUAAUUCAGUGAUUUUGUAUGACUAAUAUGCGUCAUGGAAAGACAAACAAAUCUGUUUGUUUUGUAGAAAAUGGUGCAAAAAAAAAAGAAAGAAAA